UUGAAUAUCUUCUCCUAAUUUAUCGCAAUCUCGCUCUCUCUCUCCAAAGAUCUCUUUCUUGCUCCCAAAGCCAACUUACUCACCUCUUCUUCUUUUUCAUGUGAACCUCCCGACAACAGACAGAAGCGUGAGAUCUUCGAACAUGAGUUGCAAUGGUUGUCGUGUUCUGCGGAAAGGCUGCAGCGAGAACUGCGUCCUCCGACCGUGUCUUCAGUGGAUCAAGACGGCCGACGCUCAGGGCCACGCCACCGUCUUCGUCGCCAAGUUCUUCGGCCGCGCUGGUCUCAUGUCCUUCAUCUCCGCCGUGCCGGAAUCCCAACGGCCUGCUCUGUUUCAGUCUUUGCUCUACGAAGCUUGCGGUAGAACUGUGAAUCCGGUGAACGGCGCCGUCGGGCUGUUGUGGACUGGGAAUUGGCAAAUCUGCCAGCAAGCGGUUGACACCGUGCUCCGCGGUGGUUCGUUGCGGCCGAUUCCGGAGCUUCUCACACGCGCCGGCGGUUUCGAAGGUUUUCCGUCGCAGAAUUCCGACGAAGCAUCCGAGAUCUGCACGGAGAUGUUGAAUCUCCGGCAGGAUAGCGACGGAGACCGGAAUAAUUAUCAUCACUGCCGAUUCUCAAGCUCUAGAUCCAGAUCAACGGCGUCUCCGCCGAAACGGAAGCGUUUGGAAUCAGAGCAACCGUCAUCGGGUCUGGAUCUCUCUCUCAUCCCAAAUCUUCCGGUGGCGUGCAAAGAAGAGACACGGCGACCGGAAACGUCAUCGAUGAACUCUGAAGAGUCCGUGACGACAACCACGACGUCUUCGUUCCGGGGAAACACGGCGGAUGAACGGUACGGACACGGCGGAGGAGAAACCGCGAAGUUGCUCAAACUUUUUGUUUGAACGGCGUCGUUUUUCUAGCUUUAUCGUCUGAUAACUGUAAUUUUAAUUUUUUUUUCCUCCCCUUCCGUGGAUAAUUUUAACAUUUCACUCCGCCUUGUCUUUUUUUUUUUUGUAAAUUAGCGGCGAGUUACACAAAGUAAAUCAGUAACAAUAAUAAUGAGUCGGUUUUAUUUAAUUUCAAAA